GGCAAUAUUGAAAGACUUCUCAUGGUUAAGCUUUUCCGUCAUAGUCCUCGUAUGUCUUCCGUCUUUCCGAAAGGCCAUACUAGUAUUGUCCUCCUUACAAUCUAUCUCCAUCUUAUAAGAUCACAAGGCUGGGUUGCAGUAGCCCUGCAUUACCUGUUACCUUUGGAGUUUUCCUGGGACGAAAUUGUAAUACAGCAUGUCCAUAUCUCCUGAAAACCGAAACGAUUAAUCGAGAUGGGCGAAUCAGACAGGCUAAUACGAGUUCAAUUGACAAAAUGCAAGUCUUAACAUCAAAUGAAAUCGUCUAAGCUGGCGAAGAUCAAGCUGCGCUUACCAUCCAUCGUCGGCUCACGGCACAGAUAUGACAGUUGAGAUUCAAAGAGAAGACAUAUAUGAAUGAUGGUGCUGCCAUUAUAUAGAACAUGUUUUUCCUCAUAAGUUUUAAUCUCAACUUUCUCAGAUCACCUUCCUUUUGUGCGCAUUCAUUCUUUCUUGAUAUUUACGUUCUUUUUCGUGCUUUGAUAGCAUUUUCUUCCAGUCUUUUCAUCUAAACUUACACGACUGCGUCGCUUUUACUUACCUUAAUACAUACCUAUUGGAUUUGAUAUCCCUCUAUUACGAACACACCAAAAGGCACAAAAGGCGGUCAAAUAACAAGUAUAAUGCUUUUUCACUCAAUAGCUCUUGCUCUCUUCGCUUCGACUGGCCUGGUCGAGGGCGUAAGUGCAGGGAGGCACCUGGAUAUCCACAGACGUGCCACGGGAACGACCGGCGAUGACACCAGUCUCACCCUUGCACAGAACGCCAUCGCAAGCGGCUCAUUCAGUGAUGGACUCACUGAAAUUGGUGGAAAUGAGGCAUUCGAGGCCGCUUCUGCCACUUCAAAGAACAACUUCAUCAACUUUUGCGCAGGAGAAACCCUUACCAAUGGCCUUCAAAUUGUAACAGGAUCUUGUAAUGGAAUCCCAAUGGGUCAAAUUCCCGCGAAAGACAAAAUGAUGUCAUCGAUAAUUACAUUCCCUUUAGCUGGCAGCAACACUAUACAAUCCGACACAACAUUCAAUAUUACUAUCCAAAUGUCCAACAUUACUCCAGGUUCCUUUUCCAAUGCGGCUUCCACCUAUUUCUCCGCUCCACAGCAGCUCGACUCAUCCGGAGUAGUGAUUGGACAUACACACGUAACCGUGCAGGAUAUGGGUUCCAGUCUCAAUCCAACUGGAGCUUUGGAUCCGACUCAAUUCGCCUUCUUCAAGGGUAUCAAUGAUGCUGGAAACGGCCAAGGGCUUCUCUCGGCUACUGUUAACGGCGGCUUACCCGCCGGUAACUAUCGUGUGUGCACAAUGGCCUCGUCAACUAAUCAUCAGCCUGCAAUUAUGCCUGUUGCCCAGCGAGGUACAGCAGAUGACUGUACUAAAUUUACUGUCGUCGGAUCCGGGAAAACUGCAAACGCUGCAUCUAACAAUGGUUCCGGUGGGCAAGCGGCCGCAGCUCUAGCAGCCAGUGCAGUCGCAGCUGGUCCGGACAACACCAACUCAGUGGCUAGCUCCUCCACAGGUUCGAUAAAAUCAGCUUCUGCUACUUCCUCUGCAGCGAGAGCGACGAAAACUACCGGUUCCAACACCGUAUCAAGUAGCACAUCACCUGCCACUUCAUCUUCUGUAGGCUCCUCGGCUUCUGCACUAGGAGGUAAAGCGGCGCCACCUGUCACCAACAGUGGAGAUUCAGCUCGCCCUUUCUUAGUCAAUGGCAACACAUUUGUGAAUGAAGCUGCCGCUCUACAAAGAAGUUGCGAUAUACAAUUCAACGAAUGUGCGGAUGCAUUUAAUGGUGGGACUGCAAAUGGUUUUGAUCUCAGUGACUGUCAAACGCAGGAAAAUUCCUGUCUAGCUGGGUAGUGGGACGAUAUCUAAUGAGGGAUUUCUAACGGCUCUCAUGAUUGUUAAUGUACAACAGAACUUCGAUGGUGUAGAAUGGCAUUAUUGGAGCUAAAUGAAUUACGGAUUUUA